AUGGCUGGGGUGGGGCUGGGGGUGCAGCCGUGGGGAGCAGGAAGCGCCUCGAACGCGGCCUCCGCCUUCCUGCCACCCCCGCGGGGACAGCGCCGGGACCCCCCUGGCGUGGCCCCCGUGUCCCCGGCCGUGUCCCCCCGUGCCGUCCCCGGCCGUGUCCCCGUCCCCAUGUCCCUGGGGAUCAAGGCCCGGCACCGGGCGAAGCGCAAGGGCGGCUCCCGGGAGCGGAUCUUCGGCUGCGACCUCCGCGAGCAUCUCCAGCGCUCGGGGCAGGACGUGCCACAGGUGCUCCGGAGCUGCACAGAGUUCGUGGAGCAGCAUGGGGUGGUCGAUGGCAUCUACCGCCUGUCCGGGGUGUCCUCCAACAUCCAGCGGCUGCGGCAGGAGUUCGAGGCGCAGCGCUGCCCGGACCUGUCGCGGGACGUUUACCUGCAGGACGUUCACUGUGUCAGCUCCCUGUGCAAGGCUUACUGCCGCGAGCUGCCCAACCCCCUGCUCACCUACCAGCUCUACGACAAGUUCGCCGACGCCGUGGCCAUCCAGAUGGAGGAGGCUCGGCUGGUGAAGAUCAAGGAGGUGCUGAAGGAGCUGCCGGAGCCUCACUACAGGACGCUGGAGUUCCUGAUGAGGCACCUGCUGCGCAUGGCCGCGCACAGCGGCCGCACCAACAUGCACGCGCGGAACCUGGCCAUCGUGUGGGCCCCCAACCUGCUGCGCUCGAGGGACAUCGAGGCGGCGGGGUUCAAUGGCACGGCGGCGUUCAUGGAGGUGCGGGUGCAAUCCAUCGUGGUGGAGUUCAUCCUCACCCACGUGGAGCAGCUCUUCGGGGACGCGCCACUCCCAGGUACGGGGGGACAGCGCGGGGCUCGGGGGACACCGACACCCCGGGAUUUUGGGGUGCCAGGUGCGGACUCUGCCCGUCGCUCCCUGCUCCUGCCCGGGGGUGUCUCCCCCCUGCACGUCCCGGCCGUGCUGAGCCAGGGGGACGGCCCCCCCCCGAUGAGGCCCUACCACACCAUCAUCGAGCUCGGCGAGCACAGGAGCAAGGGCUCCCUCAAGACCAAGAAGUGGAGAUCCAUCUUCAACCUGGGCCGCUCCGGGCACGAGGCCAAGCGGAAGCUGGGGAAGGGAGAGGAGAAAGACAAGUGUGGGAAGGUCACUCUGCGGCCAGCCAAGAGCAUGGACUCGCUCAGCUCCGGCCCCUCCGGACACCCCGGCCCAGACGCCGCCCGGCUGCUCCCGAAGCUGUCGGUGAAGCUGCGGCCGCAGCGCCAGCACAGCUCGGACACCACUCCCGCGCUCCCGGAAUCGCCCCCGGAGCUGGACGAGAGCCUGGAGGAGGCCCUGGAAGCGGCGGCCGAGAGCAGCACCCAGUCGGAGCCCACCAGCCCCAAAGCCCCCCGGGAGGGGCCGGGGGUCUGCGGUCGCUCCCGCGCCGAGAAAUGCGCUGGGGUCCACAUCUCGGGCCCCUUCUCGGUCACCGUCCCUUUCCACAUCACCUCCAACCUGUCCCGCCUGACCCGAGGGCUCCCGUGCCCCGCGCUGGAGCGGGAACAGCCCCCCGGCAGCGCCCCCGAGCCCUCCCGGGACCCCCGGCCCUGCUCCGGGGAUGCGGAGCAGACGCGGCUCUCCCUGGAGCUCCGCGAUUCCUUCGCCUUCCUGGACUGCCACGAGACGUGGCUGGAGAGCGGAGGGGACACGGAGGCGGCGGCGCGGAGCCCCGGGAUCGGGAAUGGGACACCCGCGAUCGAGGAUAGGACACCCGGGAUGGAAGAUGAGACCUUUGGAAUCGUGGAUGGGAUCCCCGGCAUCGAACAUGGGAUCAUCGGAAUGGAAGAUGGGAUCCCCGGGAUGGAAGAUGAGAUCUUUGGAGUCGAGGAUGGGAUCCUCGGGAUCGAAGAAGGGCUCCCCGUCGUGGAGGAGGGGAUGGAGAGUGGGUUCAUGAACGUGAGCACCUGGCGGCAUUCCCGGGAUUUGGGGAACGGGGUGGGACCAGUGAAACCAGGUGAGUGCUGGCCGGAGCAGCCGGACAGUUACCUGUCCAUCGAGGAGUGCACGGAGCAGGACAUGUUCUUCCUGGCCCCCGGCGCCUCCGACCCCGACUCUGACCCCGAUGAAAUCUUCCUGAGCGCUGAUGACGAGCUCAGCCCGCUGGGGGCUGCCCCGGACACCCUCGAGGGACCCCCGGGCGAGGGGACAGCCCUGGAGAUUCCAGAGAUCCCAGAAACCCCAAAGAUCCCAAAAGCCCUGGAGAUCCCAGAGACCCCCGAAAUCCCAGAAAUUCUGGCCCAAAAGCCCCUGGAAAAGGAUGAUCCGGGAUUGGGGGACCCCCAUGGGGAAGGGGGUGGAGGGGAGGGGGCUGCAGAGGGAGAUUCCAGUCCCAGGACUGGGGUGGGGGGUCCCACUGGGAAUGGGGGAGCAGACAGAGAUGGAUCCCAGCCCCUCAUCCCGGGGGAAGGGGGUCCCCAGGAUUUAGUGGGGUCUCCUCCAGCCCCAUCCCUGGCAGAGCCCCCCCGGGAGCCCCCCGAGGCCCCUGUUCCCGGGGUGGUCCCAGAAGGGGCCGAUGUCACCCCUGGGAUCGCCCCGACCUCUCCCUCUCCCCUUGCCUCGGCCCCUGGAGCUCCCCCCAAAAUCCUGGAGCUGACACAGGAUGAGCCCCCCCAAAACAUGGAGACCCCCAGGCCCUCAGAGCCCCCCAGAGCAGUGGGGCUGAUCCAAGAUGAGUCCCCGAGACCCCCAAAGCUGAUCCAGGAUGAGCCUCCCAAAAUCCCAGAGGCAAUCCACGCUGAGCCCCCCAAAUCCCUGGAGACCCCCAAAAUCCCGGAGGCGAUCCACGCUGAGCCCCCCAAAUCCCUGGAGACCCCCAAAAUCCCGGAGGCGAUCCACGCUGAGCCCCCCAAAUCCCUGGAGACCCCCAAAAUCCCGGAGGCGAUCCACGCUGAGCCCCCCAAAUCCCUGGAGACCCCCAAAAUCCCGGAGGCGAUCCACGCUGAGCCCCCCAAACUCCUGGAGACCCCCAAAAUCCCGGAGGCGAUCCACGCUGAGCCCCCCAAAUCCCUGGAGACCCCCAAAAUCCCGGAGGCGAUCCACGCUGAGCCCCCCAAAUCCCUGGAGACCCCCAAACCCCCGGGACUGAUCCAGGAUAAAUCCCCCUGGCCCCCAGAGCCCCCCAAAUCCCUGGAGCCGAUCCAAGAUGAGCCCCCCAGAUUCCCAGAGCCCCCCAGACCCCUGAACGUGUUCCAGGAUGACGCCCCCCAGUCACGGGACCCCCCUGGAUCCCCAAAACCAAUUUGGGAUGGACGCCCCAAAUCCCUGGGGCUGAUCCAGGCCGAGCCCCCCAAAUCCUGGGACCCCCCCAAAUCUCUGGAGCUGAUCGAGGCCGAGCCCCCCAAAUCCUGGGACCCCCCCAAAUCUCUGGAGCUGAUCGGGGCCGAGCCCCCCAAAUCCUGGGACCCCCCCAAAUCUCUGGAGCUGAUCGAGGCCGAGCCCCCCCGCAGCUGCCGCCGCCCCCUCCCCAUUUUGGGGGCGCAGGUGUUGCUGGCCCGGGCCGUGCCCGUGGUGCCCCCCAAACCCCACUUUGCCCAAACCCUGCAGGGACCCCUCAGGACUCCCCAAAUCCCCCUGGGACCCCCCCAAAUCCACCUUGGAGCCCCCCAAAUCCACCUUGGACUCCCCCGUGACCCCCCAAAUCCCCCCCGGACUGAGCACAGGCAGGGCCCCCCCAGAGCAGAGUGCAAAUAA